UCGACCGGCCCCGCAGCCGGCAUGGCGACGCUAGAAGCAGCCGGCGAGGAGGAGGAGUACGGCCGGGCCGCCAAGCGGCAGAGGACGGAGGAGACGGAGGCUGAGGAGCGGGAGGAGGGGGAGGAGGAGCUGGAGGAGGGGGAGGACUCCGACUCCGGCUCGCUCCCCGGGACCGGGCCGUCUUCCGCAGGAGAACCGGCGCGGUGGAGCGGCGUGCAGGACGCUCCGGGACCCGGGGAGAACGGGAGGAGCACCCAUCAUAUCUCGCCCAGUCCUGUGGUCCACGUCCGCGGUCUGUGUGAAGCUGUAGUUGAAGCCGACCUGAUCGAUGCCUUGGAGAAGUUUGGACCUAUAUGUUAUGUCAUGAUGAUGCCAUUCAAGCGUCAGGCGCUGGUGGAGUUUUCUGCAGUGGAGAGUGCUGAUCGUUGUGUGUCCAGUGGAGCCAAGGAGCCCGUUUACAUUGCAGGGCAACAGGCAUACUUCAAUUACUCCACAUCCAAAAGAAUCACCCGGCCAACCAACGCCGACAACCCCAACAGUGGCAACAAGGUCCUCCUGCUGUCCAUUCAGAACCCCCUCUACCCCAUCACCACGGAUGUUCUGUACACGGUGUGUAAUCCUAUCGGCAGUGUGCUGAGGAUUGUCAUCUUCAAACGAAAUGGGAUCCAGGCCAUGGUGGAGUUCGAGUCAGUUCAGUGUGCUCAGAAGGCCAAAGCAGCUCUGAAUGGAGCCGACAUCUACGCUGGCUGCUGUACGCUGAAGAUUGAAUAUGCAAGGCCUACACGACUGAAUGUGAUCAAGAACGACAAUGACAGCUGGGACUACACUAAGCCCUAUCUGGUGAGACGAGAUCGUGGGAAGGGGAGACAGAGACAGGCCAUUCUAGGAGAACACCCGUCGUCCUACAGUGAGAACAGCUACGGUCCUCCCUUCCCCCUGCUGCCUCUGCCCAGCAACACCAGGUACAAGCUGGCCUCAGUGGAUGUUCCGGACAUGGUGUCCUACCCUCUGCCGCAGUCCUCCUCCUCGUACUCCGGCCACGCCCCCAGCUCCGUGGCCAUGGUGAGCGGUCUGCAUCCAUGCAAGAUGAACUGUGCACGCAUCUUCAACCUCUUCUGCCUCUAUGGAAACAUUGAAAAGGUAAAGUUUAUGAAGAGUGUUCCUGGCACAGCGCUGGUGGAAAUGGGAGAUGAAUAUGCUGUGGACAGAGCCAUCACACACCUCAACAGCAUCAAGGUGUUUGGCAAAAGGCUCAAUGUCUGUGUUUCCAAGCAGCACGCAGUGAUUCCCAGCCAGGUGUUUGAGUUGGAGGACGGAAGCUGCAGCUAUAAAGACUUUGCCAUGACCAGGAACAACCGCUUCAGCAGUGCUGGACAGGCCUCCAAAAACAUCAUCCAGCCUCCAUCGGCAGUGCUGCACUUCUACAAUGUUCCUCCAUGUAUAUCACAGGACCAUUUACUGAGGCUGUGUACGGAGCAUGACGUGCCUGGAUUUGUCAAAUUCAAAGUGUUUGAUGCCAAACCCUCCUCUAAGACCAUCUCUGGACUGUUGGAGUUUGACAGUAAGACGGAAGCUGUUGAAGUUCUUACUGUAAUCAACCAUUACCAGAUCAGGAUACCCAAUGGAUCCAACCCGUACACCCUGAAGUUGUGUUUUUCCACAUCGUCCCAUCUGUAA